AAUGGAGAGAAGGGGGGCGAAGAGAAAGAGAAAGAUGGGUCUGUCCGAGUUGGCUCAGUGAGUCGGUGACCGCAUUUGACAAAGAGAGGGAACCCCCAAAAAAAAAUCACAGCGUGGGAUUUUGGGGGGAGGGUUUGAGAGGGGGUGGAGUGGAAUUAGCCAAAAAAAUGGUGAACGAGAGGGAGAUUAUUAGUCCUCUCCUUUACCAUCACCACCACCACUCCCUCUUCUUUCUCUCUCAUUCCCAUUAUUUUCCCCAAUUCUUCUUCUCUUCUAACCCUAAAUUUCCUUUUUCUUCUCCUCUUCUCCUUCCUCUUCUUCAAUCCAUCGUUCUCUUGUUUAAUUUUUCCCUUUCUUUUGUUUUUCUUUGCGUUUAUCCAUCUGGGUCUCUCUCUUUUCCCUGGUGGGUUCGUGGGUCGGGCGAUUUCUUGGUGGUGGACGGUGGUGUUGCUCGUUCUUCGCCAGGUUUGCUGAAAUAGUCUGCUAUUAUUAUUGUGAUUCGGUUUUCGUAGGCUUAGUGUUGUGUGGUCUUACUGCCAAUUAGUAAUGGAAGAGUUUCGGACGUCGGGGAUUUAUGGAAGCUCUACUAUGAGGAGGAAAAGGAGUCGAACUUCCCGUCGUCCUCGACUCGAGUCACAGCAACUAGCUGAAGGUUUAGAUCCUUCACCGUCAUCUUCGACGCCACCUUCUGAUGAUGCAGUCAAGUUCUCCAGUGAUGAGAAUGGUGGUGGUGAUGGUAGUUCUAGGAGAAAAGAAUUAAGUCUCAAUCAAUGUGUAUCCAGAGGCUCAUCUGUUAAUGGGGCUGAAAACGAACAUUUUCUUAAAAGAAGCAUAAAAGAUGGAAGUUAUAAUUCAUAUUACCGUAGUGAAACGGGACAAAGUGCUAAUGAUAACAAACGCAGCAGCGAAGGUGUCCUUGCUCCUGCUAAUUGGAGAAGCACGAGCAAGGCAUCAGAUGGUAUUGAAUCGGAGUCGAGUAGCAUCGACCCAUAUGGUGGAAGGUAUGGUGGUGAAAGUUCGAGUUCUGGACAGAAAGGACUUUAUGCUGAAGGAUUAGGAAAUGAUAGCAAGGUUAAGAAGGUUAAACUUAGGGUUGGUGGGGUCACCCGUACUAUUCGAGCCACUUCCCCUCCCAAUGGCACAUCGAAAGGCCCUUCUUCGAAGGGUUCUCAACCUUCCGAUGGUCAUAGGCAGCAACACAAGCAUAACUUUCAGGAAAACUUUACUGGAAAUCAUUCACCUUCAGAAAGACGAGGCAGAUUACAUGGAGUUCCGUGGAGAGACUUCUCACAAGGUGGCUUUGGCCUAGAAAAGGAGGAGACAUUGACAGGGAAGAUGGCUGGGAAGCAUGGAGCAGAGUCGGUUCGAAAGAGUAAAAGGGCCUCAAAGAAGCGUGUUCUUAAUGGGGAUUUUGAUGACGACGAAGAUGAUGAGAUACGGUAUUUGGAGAAGCUUAAAACUUCGAAGGCUUAUGCAGGAUACCGUGAUGAUGGUGAUGAACCGAUCAAGAAGCAGCGAAAGCUCUCCAGCAUUUCUAGCGUAGAGAAUUAUGGUGCAUCGAAGCACGACAAAGAUGGGAAGAAGGCUAGAUCUGAUAUGGCGUCGGAAGACAAGGAUUAUGAGGAAGAAGAAGAAUCAGCUUCUGAUGGUGAUGUUGAAGCCAAUCAUAAGAAGCAGAGGAAGGAAUCGAUCGAUGCAUUGAUGGACGGUAAGAGAGAAAUGACUCUUACCACACGUCAAAGAGCUCUUCAGUCUAGCAAAGAUGCAACGUCCGCUCGAGGUGCUAGUUUAAUCGAAUUCCCAAAUGGUUUACCGCCUGCUCCACCCCGAAAGCAAAAAGAGAAACUCACCGAUGUGGAACAACAACUUAAGAAGGCGGAAGCUGCACAAAGACGACGAAUGCAAGUUGAGAAGGCUGCUCGGGAAUCCGAGGCCGAGGCGAUCAGAAAGAUACUCGGUCAAGAUUCAAGCCGAAAGAAGCGGGAAGAUAAAAUGAAGAAGCGCCAGGAAGAAUUAGCUCAGGAGAAGGCUGCAAAUGCCGAGAAGCUCUUGUCAAACACCAUCAGAUGGGUGAUGGGUCCUUCUGGCACCGUGGUGACCUUCCCGAACGACAUGGGCCUUCCAAGCAUAUUCGAGUCUCGACCCUGCAGAUAUCCACCACGGCGGGAAAACUGCGCGGGUCCAUCGUGUUUGAAUCCGUACAAGUAUCGAGAUUCUAAGUCGAAGCUUCCUGUUUGCAGUCUCGUGUGUUACAAAGCAAUUCAAGAGCAGUUGACAGAAACUACUACGUGCUAGAAGAUUUUGAUACCAUGAAUCUCUAGAGCUUUUGUUUCUGUUUGCAUUUAAACGAAGGUAGAGUAGAUAGAUGUAUACUUGCAGAGACGUUGAUGGAAGAAAUGUUUUAGGAUCUGUUCCAGGUCCGUCCCCCAUUCGUUGGAUAUAAUGCUACCCCAUUUUUAUGUGCAUACACAACAUUUUCUCGA